UGUUUUUUGGGCUGCUCGAAUGGUGAUGGGAAAUUUUGUAUGUUUGGCAUAGGCUGGUGUUUUGCACAAAUUUAGGCACAUUCGGAUUAAAUUAACUGUAUUUCCCUACGUCACGAGGAUGCUGCGAGAGGGGAAAGAAGCGUGUCCAUUCGUGGAGGACAGUUUCAGCCGCUUUCUGUCCCAGAGUAACAUGUACGGACUCUGUCAGGCUGGAGAGCAAGAGUUACUCGCCGCUACUCUGAAAGGAAAAGUGGUCUGUUUCAGGUACCAAGACCUCCAACAGAAAAUCAGACCUGUUGCUAAAGAGGUACAGUUCACCUACAUACCAGUUGAUGCAGAGAUUGUAUCAAUUGACGCUUUCAACAAAUCUUCACCGAACAGGGGGCUGGUCGUGGGAAUAACGUUCAUCAAGGACUCUGGUGACAAAGCCACUCCAUUCCUCAACAUCUACUGUGACUACGAGCCAGGGUCAGAAUUCAACCUGGAGUCCAUUGCACAGAGCUGUCUGAACCUGGAGCUGCAGUUCACCCCCUUCCAGCUUUACCACACCGAAGUGCAGUGUGAAAAUGGAUGCAGUGAGACAGUGUUUCUGCUCAGUGGUCAUGAUCAGAGGAUUCAUCUUUACAAGGAGAACGCCUCCCUUCACCAAUUUGAAGAGCAGCCAGUCGAGAGACUCUUCCCUGAGCUACAAGAGCUGCCCAGCAAUGUGUUGUGGCUUGAUGUGCUGAGUAUCCCCGGCGGUCGUCGUCUCUCAGCCUUUGGCUGUCAGAAUGGCUGUGUUGGGCUGGCUCUGGUGGACCAGACUGGACCUGAGAUUGUGCAGAGUUGGCGGGUGCAGCAGGACAGUCCCAUCUCCACCGUGCUGCUCUUCCCCCUGUAUUCCCGGGCAGAGCCGGCGGACCCUGAAAGGACAGGAGAGACGGGAGGGGACGACAUUGAGAUCGUUGGUUACAACCUCCUGGUGACCAGCAGUAUAGAGAUGGCCGUCGUGUACAGGGAUGUCCAGGAGUAUGGUGUGAGUUGCCAUGCGUGCCUCUCGGAGAGUGACCAGUGUGACGCAGUGCUCUGUGCGCUGGUCACAGACCUGGACUUUGAUGGACAGAAGGAGCUGUUACUGGGAACUUAUGGACAGGAGCUGCUUUGCUACAAGUUCCAGCAACCAAUGAGAGGAACAGAGGAACAGUUCCAACUGCUGUGGAGGCGGAGCUUCAAGAGCCCUUUGCUGUCCAUCAUUUACUUGGAUUUGACUGGAGAUGGGCUGAGAGAGCUGGCGAUUCUAACACUCAAGGGGCUACACAUACUACAGCACAGUCUGACCAGCACUGCUGACUUGGUCCUUCAGCGACUGGCCGACAGGGGGUCAAAGCUGGCCCCUGGCUCGGAAGUUCAGCCAAUCCCAGAAUGGAACACCGAAGAGAGGGAUGCUGUGACCAAUGAGGAGCAGAGUGCCCCAUCAAAGUGAGAGCCAGCUGUUUUUCUUUUUUUCUAUUUUUUUCAAUUUUAACCUCUAUUUAACAAGGCAAGUUCUUAAGAACAAAUUCUUAUUUACAAUGACGGCCAAACUCGGAGGACACUGGGCUAAUUGUGCGCCGCCCUAUGGGACUCUCAAUCACGGUCGGAUGUGAUACAGCCUGGAUUCGAACCAGGGACUGGGGUGACGCCUCUUGCACUGAGGUGCUGUGCCACCUGGGUUACCUGUGCCAAUAAUGACAGUUUUACCAUGAAUUAUCUACACUUACAACAUCAUGAUAAAAAAAUGUUUUUGAUGUUGCCUAACAUGUAAUAUUGUCCAUAUGUACACAAUAAAUUAACUAUAUAUG